AUGUCUUCUAGAACUCACUACAACGAAUUAGAAAAUAUUGUUGAUGGAAAAAAUCUUUCAGGAAUGACGACUAAUGGAUCAGGACUAAAUAUAACGGCAGCGAAACCUACUGUUGCUGUUACAAAUGCCAAGUCUGAUAAUCACAUAAAUGUUUCCGUGUUGGAAAAUAGUAGUUUUUCAGGUACAGGCGAUGCUUGCGUUCUUUCUAUAAUGACACUUCACCAGGCAGCUCAACAAGGGAAUCUGCAUAUAGUGAAGAGCAUGUUAGAAGGCGGCCAAGUUAAAGCAACAGACCGAGAUUCGCAGAAUACAACACCAUUGCAUUGGGCAGCAAUCAAUAAUCAUGUGGAAGUGGCAAAAUUCUUGAUCGAUAGUGGAGCAGAAGUAGACGCUUUAGGCGGGGAUUUGGUUGCCACUCCAUUACAUUGGGCGGCAAGGAACGGCCACUUACCCACCGUCACUCUCUUGGUCAACCAUGGAGCUGAUCCCAAAAUACCGGAUUCACAAGGAUUUAAUGGGUUACAUCUCGCAGUACAUGCAUCCAGUACUAUGCUAAUUCUUUAUCUGGUUUAUCAUAAUAUGGAUAUUGACACGCCGGAUGCUCUUCAACACACACCUUUGAUGUGGGCUGCCUAUCAAGGCGAUGCACAGUCAGUGGAUCUGCUUAUUCGACUUGGGGCAUCUGUUAAUAAGAUCGAUGCAGCACAAUUUACACCUUUGCAUUGGGCCAUAAUCAAGGGGAACCUAAUGUGCAUAAGAAAAUUAAUAGAAGCUGGGGCGGAUUUAAGAGCCAAAGAAGAGAAUGGAAAAACUCCUUUUGAUGUCUCCCGAGAAAUGAAAUCUGAUAGAACAUUGGAAAGGGCUUUAAUAGAGUCAGGAAGGAUGAAGGAUGGAACGAGGAAACCUUAUUUGUUCGAAAGGAAAACGACACUCGCUAUCAUAUAUUCGAUUCCCUUCUUUGUUCUUUUUGCCGCUUUCCAGACAUUAGCAUAUUAUCCUUGGUUUAUCGGUUUACCCUUGGCCAUCGGCGAAUUCGUCGCUAGUCACAUGAUAAUAGUAAAGAUCCUCAUUAAAGCACAACUACCAGAUGCAAUGAUGAGAACUCCUUACUUCACAAGUAUAUUCCAAGCGAGUGCAUUUUGGGUUGGUGCCACAUGGUUGCACAGAAUUUUGCUUGUGACGUCGUAUUUAUUCGUCGCAAAUAUAACAUUCGUAGUUUCUUAUUUUUUUGCAAUGUAUUCAUUCUACACGGCUGUGCUGGCUGAUCCCGGUUUCAUUCCCAAGUUAAACUCUGAAGAAGAUAAGAAGAAGUUAGUAUUGGACCUUGCCAACAAAGGAUUGUUAGAUGUUAGACAUCUUUGCAUUACAUGCCUGAUUAAGAAACCGCUUCGUUCCAAACAUUGUAAAAUAUGUGAUAGAUGUGUGGCCCGUUUUGAUCAUCAUUGUCCUUGGAUAUUUAAUUGCAUCGGAACACGAAAUCAUCGUCCAUUCAUGGUGUUUCUCAUGAUGAUGAUCGUUUCUAUCUGCAGUUUCGAAUAUCUUUGCUUCCAGUAUUUCAUGAUCGUGGCACCUGAAUAUGUUCCAAUUCCAUCAGAAGCAUGUCUUCUGAACGGCACCCUAUGCGGAUUCUUCCAGUACGACGCAUGGACCAGUGUAUUGUGUAUUUGGAUUGGAUUGCAACUAACUUGGACCGUGGGAUUAUUAGGAAUGCAAAGUUUUCAAAUCUCUUCUGCGAAAACCACAAACGAAAUGGCGAACUUCCAUCGAUAUUCCUAUUUUGGAAAUCGCACAGGUGGAAAUGUGCGAGAACAAAUUAUGGCUACUUUGGCCGCCGGGCCUGGCGCGAGUAGAGCAGCACAAGUUGGCGAUGGUGGCGGAGAUGAUCAUUCUUCGGAUAACAAUCACGGCAAUGCCUCGGGACUAUUGAGGAUGUUUGGGGGACGAGAGGGCGCACGUCGAAGGAACAACAGUCUGCACAAUUAUAAUAAUGGAAAUCCGUUUGACUUUGGAUGCUGGAAUAAUUGUCUCGACUUUUGGUCGCAAGGCCAAGGCGGGAUGUUACAAAAUGUGGAUUGGUAUAGACUUUACGACGUUCCACUUACUGAUAGACGCAGUAAUUUAAUGUCAAGGAACGGUGGCUAUAUGGCUUUAAGAAGGGACGAAGAAAUUGUAUAA